AUGGGUGUGUGUGGGGAUAAGACGCGACUGACAGUGCUCGGUUGUCGUCUGCUGAACGCGGGGGGCCAACGGGUCCCUCUACGGACGACGGGGCAACAGAAAAAGAAAACAUUUUCGAUGGUGACAACACCGGCGCACACGCUUCCAAAGGCGAGCGCCCGCACGGUCUACGGCGCGGGGCUUAAAUGCGGGGAGAAGCCGGUGCCCCGCGUCUCGAAGGCAACACACGGCCCCGCGCGGCCGACACCUCCCCGCCAGCCGCCGCCGCCGUCGGGGGGGGAAACGCCAAGUCAGGAAACCGGGUCAGAGCCGGCAGCUCCUCUAGGCCUCGGCGGCCGCCUCGGGUCCACUCGAGCCCUCGGCACCCGGAGUCGCGUCGGCGUCAGGACGAGGCUACGGAUCCCCCGCGCUACGGACGAGGCGCUCCCCUCCCCGCCGCCCCAGCAUGAAAGGGACUCGCUGCGGAGAAGCCUCCGGACGCCCCCUUCUCCUCUACCUCCAGCGGCCGCCGCUUCCUCCUCCCUCCGCUCCGAGCUCGCCCGGGCUGGAGCGCUACGGGGGCCCGGGGCCGCGGAGGGAGCCCGGGCGGCGCCGCCGCCGCCGCCGCCACCGGUACGUCAGGGGCCGGGAUUGUAUUUCGAAAGAUCCGCCAUUUUCACCUCGUCAUCACCAUCACACUCAGCAGCUUCCCCGACCGCCCAGCCCGGCCGCCGCCGCCGCCGCUACAAGCAACUUGAGGCGAGGACGACGGAGCGCACGGCUCCCCGCGGUGCGGAGAGCGCGGCGGACCCUCGGCGCCCCGGCAGGACCCCGGCGUCCCCCCGCGGCCGCCCUGCCCCCAGACCCAGUCCGCGGUCGCGGGCCCGGGCGCUCGUGCUGACAACGCGGCCCAAACCCGCCGCGGUCCGGUUUCGAAAGCGGAUUCUGAGCCAUGUUGCUGUCCCUGCGUCUCAGGUCCCUCCUGUCCGUCCGUCGGAGGACGGGACCGGAGCCCGCAAGACGCGUCCGCUGGGGCAGAGCGAGUGGCCCCGCACGAGGGCUCGCAGAGCGUCCCCCGGCUCCGCCCGCCGCGCUGUGGCCCCUGAAGGGCACCAGGGUGCUCAUCGUCCCAGGAAGCCCCACGACGCGCGACCAGACGUGCGACAGGACCCGAGUCGGUCCUGUCUGUUGGGUGUGGGAAGCUCUGGCCACGCCGAACCCCCCGCGUUACAGCCCAGGCCCGCCAGCCCGCCCGCGACCGCCGCGCGGGGUUUCACGGCCGAGCACAGGCCUCCACGGUCCUCUGGGCCGGCCGGUGUCCGCGGGGCGAGGUGGCCGCCGGACAGGCCGCCCCACCCCCUCCCCCUCCGGAGCGACGAGCUCGUCCGGGAGCCGGCUGCCGCCCGCCGCCCCCGGCCGCUCCGACCCGCCGGGCCGCUCCCCCCGAGUCCCGCGUCCCGAGGCCCGCGGUCCCCCAGUCUCCAAACUUCACUCCGCCCCCGCCAGCCCGCCCCUCCGCACCCCGACUGCUGUUUACCGUUGCUCGGCCAAGCUCAGGCCGGCCCGCCGCCGGCCCCCGUGCACCUCGGGGACAUUACGACACUGAGCCGGGGGCUUCGCGAGGAAAACGGACGCACACGAAGACGGGAUCAUACAAAGGGCGGAGGAAGAAGGGGCGGCGGGCAGCGAGGGAAGCAGGCGCUGGAACGAAAUGACACAGCAGCAGAACCGGUUCCCAGAAACCCGGGGCGACAGUCGGCUUCGCGGGCCACGCAAGGUGCGUGUCAACAGCCGCCGGAACCCUUCCUCCCGCCGGCCGCGAGGGGCGGACGGCCGGGUCAGGGCCGGCCCUGCCGGGUGACAGCCGCCCACCCGGGCGCCGGCGGGAAGAGGCCGGGCCGGGAGGCUCCCCCCGCCCCCUGCGGCCCGAGGAGGCGGCGCGGCGGCCCCCAGCCCGCAGGUUCCCGCUCUUCCCCGCGCCCCGCCGGCCCGGGCUCCCGCAGGGGCGGUCCGGCGCCCUCCGCCCGCGCCACCACCCGCAGCGGGGGGCCGGCGUCCCCUUCCCGCCCGCCCAGAGGUCCCCACCCCCAGGGCUGA